AUAUUAAUACUUCUCCCCAAUAGAUAAGAGUAGGAAUGGCGAUGGGAGGAGCGAGAAGAGGAAGGUGUUACAUAGUCUACCAAUAAAAUGGACGGCAGUAGUCUCAGAACCCUAAAUGCCAUAAGCCCCCUCCAUUUUCAUUUCCAUUUCCGCUCCAAAUGUCCUCUCUUUCGCUCUAUCCAGUUUGCCCAAUUCAAGCACAAGCUCCACCUCUCUCUCUCCUCCUCUCCCUUCUCUCCUCUCUGCUCUCAACCCGAAGGAGGCCUGGAGAGUUCUCUGCCCUUGCCUCGCGGUGUGGGCAAGGCGGUGACCGAGGAGGUUUCGAGAAGGAAGCUUCUUCAAGUGGUUUUAGUUUCACCUCAGAUUCCUGGAAACACCGGUUGCAUUGCCAGAACAUGUGCUGCAUCAGCUGUUGGACUGCAUCUAGUUGGGCCAUUAGGAUUUCAGGUGGAUGAUGCAAAAUUAAAGCGUGCAGGGUUGGAUUACUGGCCAUAUGUGGUUGUUAAAGUUCAUGGCUCAUGGGUGGAGUUUCGAGACUAUUUCAGGCGACAGGGUGGGGAAAAGCGGUUGCUUGCAUUCACCAAGAGAGGAACGGCAAUUCAUUCAGACUUUUCUUACAGAAGAGGUGAUUAUCUCAUAUUUGGCUCGGAAACUUGCGGCCUACCACCUGAGGCGCUGCUGGACUGCAAAAGUGAAACAUUUGGAGGUGGGACCAUUCGGAUUCCAAUGGUUGAAACUUAUGUUAGGUGUCUUAAUCUCUCUGUAAGUGUUGGCAUCGCCUUGUAUGAAGCUUCCAGACAGCUAAACUAUGAACAACUUGAGGCCCCAUCUGAAAAUUGUGUGGAUACAACCGAGCAAUCCUUUAUUACCGAGGAUAUUUUCUGUUGAUUCA